GCAAAAAAGUAGAAGAAACAAAAGGGAAGGUCCAUGUUGGAAACCCAAUUCACCGAUUAAAUAGAGAGCGAUGGAUAAGGAAGGCGAACGAUUUCAAAACCAAAACCCUAACCCUAAUCAGAGCAGAGGUUCAACAAGGGGAAGAUCCUGCAAGGGUUGCCUCUAUUACUCUUCUCUACACAAAUCCAAAUCCAAGUACCCCACCUGCGUUGGCUUCUACAGAACUCUCAAUCAAGGUCUCUCUCUCUCUCUCUCUCAAGCUCAAUGUUUGAUUCAUAGACUAUCUGCAACUUUCAUGGGAUUAAUAUAUGAAAGAUGGAAACUUGUUACUGCUACAACAUUCAUACCCAGCUACAUUGUGGGAGAAACGGAGUUGGAAGCUUCAAAAGCCGAUCGCAGCCUUACGGAUUUUAAGUACGGGUGUGUAGGUUACUCGGUGUUCUUAGACAGGAAAGAUUCAAGUGAUCCACAUAAAAAACAGGCGGAAUUGCCAUUUUGUGUUGGUCUUGAGAUAUUAUAUGACAAAAGACCCGCAGACCAGGCUCAUGCUCCUACUCCUGCUCGUAAAAGUGGAGACAAUGUUCGACCUCUACCUCAACCUCGAAGCUAUAAACCACAUUCAACCGGAGAUGAGUACCUGACCAGGUUUAAGAGGAACGCUGGCCUAGUAGCAUCAGGUGUUGCUAGGAAUUUAAACAGAGUAGGCAACCAUAUAAAACAGAGCGUGGAUAACAUCUUAUUCGGAAGGUCCAAGUAACAUUUCUGAUAUCAAUGAUACAGGCACAGCACGCAAAAAACCCAGUACCUAAAUUGGCAGUAUCCCAGUUCUGUAAUUAUAUUGAUGUGUAUCUCUCUGCUGUAUCAAUAACAUUAUCAUCAAGCAAAGGUUUUUUCUUUUUGUCAACCUCUUGUAACAGUAUACACUUACUAAAAUAAAUGUUAAUAAAGUCGAAGUCGUCAUUGGAGUUGUGGACA